ACCACGGCCACACUAGGCACUGGGAAAAAUGGAAAACACAAGAUAAAACGUGAACCCUUCUGGUCGAAAUUCGGUUGUAACAAUCUGGUAUUUGGUGAAAAGGGACGACAGGCGAGUGCGACAGGAUGCCGGGCAAGGUGGGGGUGAAGAUUAAGGCGGCGCGCAACCUGCCAGUGAUGGACAAAAGCAGUGAAACCACGGACGCCUUUGUGGAGAUCAAACUGGCCUCGGUGACCCACAAGACGGAUGUCUUCCGCAAGAGUUUGAAUCCCACCUGGAAUACCGAUUGGUUCCGUUUUGAGGUGGACGAUGCUGAGCUCCAGGAUGAGCCCCUGCAAAUCCGCCUGAUGGACUACGACACGUACUCUGCGAACGAUGCGAUUGGAAAGGUCAACAUCAGUUUGAAUCCUCUGUGCCUGGAGAGCUCUAGUCAAGCGGUGCACGGCAAGGGCACCGUGCUAUCCGGCUGGAUUCCUGUUUUCGACACCAUGCACGGUAUCCGCGGCGAGAUCAAUGUGAUUGUUAAGGUUGACCUGUUCUCGGACGUCAAUAAGUUCCGUCAGAGCUCCUGCGGCAUCCCCUUCUUUCACUCUCAAUGUGUGCCAUUUGGCUACCGCGCCCAAGUGAUUCAUGGCUUUGUCGAGGAAUUAGUGGUGAAUGACGACCCGGAGUAUCAGUGGAUCGACAAAAUACGCACACCGCGUGCUUCCAACGAGGCUCGCCAGGUGGUGUUUCUCAAGUUGUCGGGUCAGGUGCAGAGGAGAAUGGGCCUAAAGGCCAUUAAUAUGGGUGCUAAUGCCGUCAUCGGCUAUACCCAGUGCUUCGAUCUGGAGGGCGACGUGGGUGUGGUGGCAAGAGGCAUUGGAACGGCUGUAACGCUGAUCAAGGACACCAGCACAAGUCAACCGAACAGUGCGGAUGUGGCACUGAUCGAAGAAUCCAGCUCCGAGCUCCAACAGCAGCCCUGUUCUACAGGAGCAGCCGCAAGCACUGGACCGUCCAACAUACCCACAACGGUGGAGGGUAGCAGUCCCAAUUUGAAACGCUUCGCCUCACCGGUGAGCAGCAGUCGCCUUAAGUUAACGCCCAGUCCCUCGAAGAGCGGCAUCUCGGCGACAACCAAUGCGGAUAGCGCAUCCACUUCUACAGCCUCAACGGCCACGACAAUGGUGCCGGCCACCGUCGGCGAGAUCUGUCGCAGAUCCUCUGAUUCCGAUCUUAGUGUCACGCCCAAAGGAAACUCCAUAUGUGUGGCCAGUGAGCGUUUGGUGGCAGCCACGGCGAUGAUGCGUUUAACGCAACCGACGGUGGGAGCCAAGCCUGGAACUGCGACCGACAGUCUGGAUAUGUUGGAGUAUCCCUUCCUGACAAUGACAAAAUACCCGACGGGAUUCAUUCUUCAUUUGGGCGCAACGGUCGCGGCACGUUCCGUAAAACUGCUGGAGCGUGUGCCCAAUCCGGAUGAGCCGGAAGUCCGAGACAGCUGGUGGACGGAGCUGCGAAUGGAGAUCCGAUCGCAUGCCCGAUCCCUGGGCUGUAAUGUAGUGUUAGGUUAUGCGGAGACCACAACCAUAUCUGACGACGUCUGCGUUUUAUCUGCCACUGGAACGGCGGCCGUGAUUAACAUGGUAUUUAAUCGAUCUGUAUCGCAAACCGAUAUCUUCACCAUGUCGAAAGCAACAGCCAGCGUUGCAGCCAUGACGAAUUCCGUGGAGGACGGAAAUGGAAGCACCGCCGGGGAUACGAGCAUUGGCAAGGACAGCGGUUCCCUCGGCACCGGCAACAGUUCGGGUGGUAAACGUUAUGGACUGCCCCCACUCAAUGGACCCCGGAAUGCCUGUGCCAUCUGCCACAUACCCUACAACCUAAGCUCGGUUCCGUUUAAUGUGAAGAUGAAGAAGUGCGCUGUGUGCCGCAAAGGAAGAGUUCCGGAUGUACUGCUGGCUACACUUGAAGUGCCUGAGUUUAUGCAGGUUACCGGAAGAGGUUGCUUCAUGCAGGCCCAAGUGGUGCGCGCCAAAAGAGAUCUGCGUGCGGAGCUGAACGCCAAAGAGAUUUCGGAUGGCCUGCCCUUCCUGGAGUACGAACUUCAUCGAGUGCUGAUCAACAAGCUGAAGGCCAAGGGCAUGAAUGCCAUUUUUGGGCUACGCACGCAAGUUGCCAUUGGCGAGCGUAUGAUAGCGUUGAUAGCCACGGGAACGGCUCUAUUUCUCACAGCUUUACCGGUGCCGCAGGUACCAAAGAUCGUGGCAGGCAACUCGUGGACCGACAAGCAAAAGCUAAAUGAGUUGCAGAAGAAAUUGCAAGAAACAUUUGAACGCAACCAGGAGAUCUAUCAGCUGAAAAGCUUGGACCCAGAUUUGGCAGCCAAUGUCGGAGGAGUACCUUCCACAGGCGCCUCUGGCGAUAAACAAUCAGAUACUGACGACUCUGAUGAAGAGGAGAUGAACGAGAUCGAUCUGAACUGUGGCAACAAGGAGUUGUGUGUCCUGGAAGUGGACGAUAUCGAAGACUUGGAAAUCAUAUCGCUGUUAAUGGAGCCAUAUCCGCCUGAAGGCUUUCAUGUGGUCAAUACGCAGCAGGUGCCGGGCAUGCUGGAAAUGGAUACGGUUAAGAAUCUGCAGAUGUUCACACAAGUGUGGCGCGCUCGGCUCGAGGUGGGCCAAAGUGUAAACGGCUUCCCCAAACACUUUCAGAGACUGUUGCAGACCAUUUACUUCAAGCUACGCACUAUGAUACCCUGUGCUAUCUGCGAUCUUCGCUUCCGACUAGAUCUGCCAGAGACGGAUCAAAUUCAAUUGCUAGUCACUGGCAUGGCCAUGGGCCUAAGCGAUGCCAACAGAAUGAAGUACCGCGGACGUGGACGCCCGGCUCAGCAGCAGCAGCAGCAGACACCUCAACAGCAGAACGGACUUCAUGAUGGCACGGUGCACGCCACUCAAUCUCAGCCAGAGUUAAACGGAAAACGAAUGCUGCAAGAGGAGGAUUACAUAUUUCCGCUGGACGAGGAUCAGAUGGUGGACACACCCACGCCAACCAGCACCGCUAUUCCGCCAUUCGGAAUGAGCUCAUUUAAAAUGCGAAAAACUUCACCAUCACGUCUUAACAAUCUCGUUUCGGGAUUGCCUUCAAGCGGAGUUAAGCCCUUGAACGUUGGAUCGGUUCAACGCAGCCGUUAUUUUCCGCUGCGAGAUCGUUAUGGAGUGGAUGUGACGCCACUUAGUUUCAUACCUGGUGGUCGUAUAGAUAAAUAUUUGGGCAACCUAAACUUUUUCUUUAUUCGGGAGAGCACCUCGAUCCGGGAAAAUGGUGGCAUUAGCGGAUUUGUCCAUGGCUUUAUUACCGAACUGUUGGCUGUGGUGAGAGCACAUAUCGCUUCGCUGGGCGGAAAUGCCAUGGUCUCUUUUUACAUCACCGAACUAAUGUUGUUCGAUAAUCAGCAUAAGAAUCAAGGCCAGUGCCUGAUUAGCAUCGGUGGCGAUGCUGUCUAUGUGAGCUACCAUGCCGACGACUGAUAUAAAAACUUACGGGGCAUAUAGCGCAUGUUUUACGCGAAUCGUCCCAAAAGCGUAUACUCUCUAUUUUCUUCCGCUUAGCUAGAACUAUCAGCUCUGCCCAGCAACUGGAGUUAAACUGAAGUUAAACUAAUGCACGUUUACUUAACAACUUUACAGCAUCUGUAGAUGGAUUCUUUAUGCAAUAUUUGAACUGUGAGGAAUCGUUCUAAUCCUAACUUAGUAGUGCUAAUUUUUUCGGUCUUGUUACUUGUUUGCUUGAUGUUUUUAGCGUUAAAUCAAUUGCAAUUUCUGUACAUAGUUGAUGUUUAUUGAAUAUUGAAUUUAGAACGAGUGCGAGUUACAAGUAUACUAUCGGUAUAUACAAUUGUUGCAACUACAAACAUGACACAUAUACUCGUACCACUAGAUAUCCAAUUUUGGCGUGUAAAAUACAAUACAUACAAUAUUAUGGAAAUACAACAAUUGCUCAACUAAA